AUGAUGAAACCGUUGUACCUGAAAUCAGUGGUGAACUUGACAAGCAUUCCCCAAACCUCUGCAAGCUUGGUCCCACUUGAGGGCGAGGCAACCAUUACUUUGGACUGGGGGCUCCCUUUGACUGAAGACUGCCAAGAAAUUCUUUUCCAAAGGAUUCGACUUCAUUUCGAGAAGUCCACCGCCAUAGUGGAAGAUGCUCAGGACCGUCGUCGCUACCGGAUGUCUGAAUCAGACCUCAUGUGCCUCAGGAAUUUGGUUUGUCUCUAUGGGCAAGUCCGUCAGUUCUUGAGCACCAGGGUCCCCUCUUUUGACAAGUUGGAUUUGGCCAUCAAGACUGGCAACACAGCGGACCACGAAGUGGCUGGGGUCUUGGAGCAACGGCCACACCAGUUUGCUGCUUCGUUCUUGCCAAUGGCACAGCAGACUGCCAUGGAGAAUGCCAAAAAGCAAGAGGAAGUCGUGACCAUGGAAGUUCAAAAACAACGGCUGGAACUUCGUGAUGUCAAAUGGAAAUACUUUCAAGCUGCCCUUGCAAGGGACCAAGACAUCAUAGCAACAAUCCAGGCAGCCCCAAAGCGUCUUGAAGCACUUCGGCAUCGAAAACAAAUGGCUUGGAGAGUCGAGCAAUCACAGCAAGGAGAGCGGGUCGUCCAGAGCUACAUGCAACAGUGCCUGCGCACCGAGCUGGUCGAGAAAGUUGAGCAUGGCCAGCUCAAGAUCAAUGAGUACCGCCAGUUUGUGGCCAACCUCUGCAACUGUCGUGAGACUGAUGUGCACAUGAUCACGCUCAUAGAUCUGAAUGUGCCACUUGCCAAAUCGAAAGAGAAGAUGGAGGAACUCUGCACUCUGAUGCAGUUCGUCAAUGAUCUCAACCCUACCCGCCAUGUCGGGGUGGUGGAGCUGCCGGAGACUGCCAAAAAAACUUCCAAACGAGGUCUUUGCGACGAAGAAGCCGAUUUGCAGCAGACACUUUGGGGUCUGCGCCAAGUCUGUGAUGCCAGGUGGAUCGUGCCCUUUGACAUCCAUCCGUCUGCGGAUGCGCAAACGGCCCGAAGGAGAUUCAGCAGUGGACGCUUGGUGGUGAACAAGGAUUUUGACGAGGAAAACCCGUGGAUCAACAACUCGGAAUUUGGUUGCGCUGGUCGUCCCCUCACCGAGGACAAGAUUCUUCUCCCCCUUUCCAGGGAGCUACUUCUUCCUGAAGCUCUUGAUCCCGACAAUGACCUACGGUUUGCUGAACGAACAAGGCCAUCAGUUGAAGCUGCCAGCGCCCAAAAGGGCCAACAACGUUGGCUUACCAUGUUCAGGAGCCUCCUUGCCAUGACUUCCUACAGCUUGAAGAUCAAACCGCUGAUCAUCGUCAAUCUGACGUCGUAUGUUGAAGAUGCUUUCCACCUGCGAGAAGCCAAGGAGGAAUUGAAGGGCGGCUUCAACACAUGCAACCUCUUCUACCAGAGCAUUUGGUUUCUCAACAAGGACCAGUUUGGGGCUGCCAGGCUCACGAGAGAAGUUGUCGACCAUUGGCUUGCAGGAAAGCUAGAGUUUGCAGGACAAAAGAUUUGCCUGAACCCCCCAGAGCUGUCACCUGACGAAGUGGCAUCUGUGCCCGGAGGCACGGCAUGUGCCAACAGUUUGGACACUGUUUCUUUUGAAGUUCUCGAACGCAGUGGUGGGAAGAUGCUGAUCAAAUCCGACGAGAACAAGCUCUGGCUGUCGCAAGGUGGCACCAUUACUGAGGACUACAAGGCCCUGCAUGCCAAGCAUAUGGAGCUCAUUGGUUCCGGGAUUGAUGUGGUGGAAUCUCCACAAGCUCCAGCCGAGACUGGCGGUGGGGGAGAAGGUGAGACGACCGCUGGGCCCACUUCGCCACCAUGUGAAGAAAAGGAAUCCCUGGAAAAGUUGCAGGAGUCACCCGGGGUGGAAGUCAAGGUAGCUUCAGAGAUUUCCGGGGUUGACCUUGUGCUUGCAAAGGAUUCGUCUCUAUGGCUUGUUGCUAGUACCGACAAGGUGGUGGCCAAGAACUCCCAAUUGGGAGGAUUUGGGACGGGACAAUACGUUCCUGCUGAAGAAGAACAAGGAUUGGACUUCCUCUUGCCAUUGGGCGACAAAAGCCUGGUGCAAUUGGACGAAAGCAGUUGGAAGACAGAUGGCAGUGGAACCUCGGUUGUGACUUUUUACAAGCUCUUAGUGAUGUGUGAACGUGACAAAAACAUCACAGACCACAAGGUCAGCUACAUGACCGUGUCCAGAAAGGCCCAGACCAAUCUGGAACAGGGGAUGGACGGAUUUGAUAUCCAGUACAAGAACAAAAUGCGAUUCAAAUGCUUGCCGCAGGACCGCUUGACGGGGAAAAACAUCUUCUCCAAAGUUGUGUCGCAGGCUGCAGGGUAUCAACAAAUCCUGCCGGUGUUCCGAUUCCGAUUCGAGAGGAUUGGGGGCACGUUGAAGCUUCAGAAGCCUCACAUGAUUACCAAAAAUUCGCUCCAGCUCAAGGCAAACAAGCCUUUGAAAAUCCAGUGA